GAUAUCAAUUAAGAUCAGAGUCAUUAUUAAUUAAUAAUAAAGAAUAUACCUGUUAUUUUUUCCUUUUUAUAAAAAUAAGGAUGAGAAAAUAAGAGAGGGGGCUUUAUAAAGGUGUAAUAUAAGGCUUGUGGUUUGCUCACGAAAACACAGGGUUCUUGUUGUGUGGAUAGUCACACUACAGUAGAGUACGGUAGUCUUCUUUACCCUUCCAACACAAUGGAUCCUUACAAGUACCGGCCAUCGAGCGCGUUCAACACACCGUUCUGGACCACCAACAGCGGCAACCCUGUUUGGAACAACAACUCCGUUCUUACUGUUGGAAACAGAGGUCCAAUUCUGUUGGAGGAUUAUCAAUUUGUGGAGAAGCUUGCAAACUUCGACAGGGAGCGGAUCCCGGAGCGUGUAGUGCACGCGAGGGGAGCUAGCGCUAAGGGCUUCUUCGAAGUGACACACGACGUUUCACACCUAACAUGCGCCGACUUCCUCCGCGCCCCGGGAGUGCAAACCCCCGUCAUCGUCCGUUUCUCCACCGUCAUCCACGAGCGCGGCAGCCCCGAGACCAUCCGCGACCCCCGCGGCUUCGCCACCAAGUUUUACACCCGCGAAGGCAACUUCGAUCUCGUCGGCAACAACUUCCCCGUGUUCUUCAUCCGCGACGCCAUGAAAUUCCCUGACGUCAUCCACGCCUUCAAGCCAAACCCCAAGUCCAACGUCCAAGAGAAUUGGCGCAUUCUCGACUUCCUCUCCCACCAUCCCGAAAGCUUCAACACUUUCACGUGGUUCUAUGAUGACGUGGGCAUCCCCAUCAAUUACCGUCACAUGGAGGGUUUCGGUGUUCACACCUACACUCUCCUCAACAAAGCUGGCAAGGUUCUGUAUGUCAAGUUUCACUGGAAGCCAAGUUGCGGCGUUAAGUCCCUUCUAGAAGAAGAGGCCAUUCGCAUCGGAGGAACCAACCACAGCCACGCAACGCAAGAUUUGUAUGAUUCCAUCGCUGCGGGUAACUACCCCGAAUGGAAGCUCUACUUUCAGACUAUGGACCCUGAUCACGAGGACAAUUUUGACUUUGACCCUCUUGACACUACCAAGACUUGGCCGGAGGAUAUUCUUCCUCUUCAGCCUGUUGGUCGCUUGGUUUUGAACAAGAACAUUGAUAAUUUCUUCGCUGAGAAUGAAAUGCUUGCUUUCAGUAUGCAUGUGGUGCCCGGUAUUAGCUACUCCAAUGAUAAGAUGCUUCAAGGUAGGAUCUUCGCUUAUGCUGACACUCAGAGGCAUAGGCUUGGUCCUAACUAUCUUCAGAUUCCUGUUAAUGCUCCAAAAUGUGCUCAUCAUAACAAUCACCAUGAUGGUUUUAUGAACUUCAUGCACAGGGAUGAAGAGGUGAACUACUUCCCUUCAAGGUUUGAUCCUGUUCGUCACGCAGAAAGGGUCCCCAUGUCUAAUGCUCUUAUUAGUGGACAACGCGAAAGGAGUGUAAUUGUGAAGGAGAACAACUUUAAGGAAGGCGGAGAUAGAUACCGUUCUUGGGCACCUGACAGACAAGAAAGAUUUAUCCGCAGAUGGAUUGAGGCAUUGUCUGACCAACGUCUGACCCAUGAAAUCCGCAGCAUUUGGAUCUCAUACCUGACUCAGGCUGAUCGUUCUCUUGGUCAGAAGGUAGCAAGUCGUUUGAAUGUGAGGCCAAACAUCUAAGGUUGCUGUGGAAGAAGAAGGGGUCAACUAUGAAGAAUGUAAUAUAGGAGUUACUUUGCAUAUGCGACUCUGUUACAUUACAAUGGAUUCAUAGAUCCUUUUUACUAUUUAUUAUUAUUACUGUUACUAUUACAGUAUUACUAUUACUACUGCGUUGUAUACCAAUGUACUGCUAAAUCUGUCCGCGUGUACGUGCAACUUGUUUACCUAUUUGAUCAAAUCAAUAAAUGUUGUUUGAAUCAUUA